AUCUAUUUUAUAACUUGUAAUCUACAAAUAGUUAAUGCCUAACUUUUGUGGCAUGAACAUUUAACAAAAUAAUUCAACAACAAUUUAACUAUAAUAAUUUCAGAAUAGUUUGAAGCGAUACUUUGUAUCAUUGAAUCUUUCAUUAGUUUUUCAAGUAAUUAAUGGUUGACAUAUAUCUACUCUAACAUAUUCUGAAUAGUUGCCAACAUAAAUAAAUAUAUACCUUUUUGUUAAAGAAUGAGAUUUAUGUAUCUGUGAUACUAUAAAUGGUAUUACAUAUAUAAGUGUACUACCUCACGAAAGAAAUAAUUCAGCAUAUACAAGAGAGAAAAAAGAAGACAAUGGCUUCAAGGAACCACAAUUUCACUUUUAUGCUAAUCUCAUUUCUAAUCCUCCAUGCAAUGAUUUUGUUUGCAUCUGCAGGAUGGUUGCCCUUCUCCGCUAAACAUGUUAUAAUUUUCAACAAACUUGUAACGCGUGCAACAUUAGUUGUGCACUGUCGGAACAAAGGUGAAGAUAAGGGAGUAUUUUCACUUGGACAUGGAGAUAGUUUUGAUUUUAGAUUUCGUGUUAACCUUCGAAAAACAACGGUAUACACUUGUAGUUUUGAUUGGCCUAAUAAUACAGCAACAUUUGAUAUUUUUAGAGCUGAUCGAGAUGAUAAUCCAAAAAGCAAAGUUGGAGUUUGCAGCGAAUGUAUUUGGAGCAUUUACGAACCAGCACCAUGUAGAGAUAGACGUGAUGGAGGUCAACCUUACUGUUUUCCGUGGGCUUCUUAAAUUAUUAUAGAAUAUUUAUUGCAUUUUAAUUUUGUGUGUUCAUUAAAUUAUAUAUUAACUCUUUUUCUAUUAAAUAACUCUAAUAUUUAUAAUAAAUAAAUAUUGUGUUUGAAAUAA